GUGGUCUCUUCCUCUUCCCCUUCCUACAUUGCUCUCCUGCUGCGCCGCCGCAGCUCCCAACUCCGGCGCCGCCCUCUGCUACAACCAAGCCAUGGCCAAGAAGCUCGCCAAGUCGGCGGCGGCGAAGGAGGAGGAAAAGGAGGGGCUGUUCGCGUCGUGCUCCUUCACCGACCUCGGCCUCCACACCACCCUCUGCGCCCACCUCCAAGAUAAGAUGGGCUUCCAGGCACCAACAAGAAUCCAAGCUCAGGCCAUUCCGGUGGCCUUGUCAGGACAACACAUGCUUGUGAAGGCAGCAACUGGUACUGGCAAGACCCUUGCGUACCUUGCACCAAUUGUCCACCUCCUCCAGAUGAGGGAGCCCCGUGUUGAGAGAACUCAUGGAACUUUUGCGCUGGUACUUGUGCCAACACGAGAGCUAUGCUUACAGGUCCAUGGGAUCGCACAGCAGUUGGUGCAUCGUUUCCACUGGAUUGUCCCUGGAUACAUAAUGGGUGGUGAGAACAGAUCUAAAGAAAAGGCAAGAUUGCGAAAAGGUAUAUCAAUUCUCAUUGCUACUCCUGGGCGCCUUCUAGAUCACUUACAGCAUACUUCAUCAUUUGUCUAUUCAAAUUUGCGAUGGAUAGUUUUUGAUGAAGCAGACAGCAUUCUUGAACUUGGGUUUGGAAAAGCACUCGAGGAUAUACUUGACCACUUGGGUUCAAGGAAUGAUGGUUCUGACCAGAAUAGAAAUAAAAUGGAACCUAUGAAAAGGCAAAACCUCCUUCUAUCUGCAACUCUUAAUGAAAAGGUGAAUCGUUUGGCCAAAAUUAGUUUGAAGAACCCUGUGAUGAUUGGUCUUGAGGAACAGAACAAACCUUCAGAUAGAUCCAGUGCCCAUGGGAAGAACCACACUUCUCUAUUAUCAGAUGAGGAGGAGGAUUUACUGGAAAAGCACAAUGCUAUAGUGGAACAGGCAGUUGAUGAUUUCAAGCUUCCUGCACAACUGAUUCAAGGAUAUGUUAAAGUUUCAUGUGGUUCAAGGCUUGCAAUUCUUCUCACCAUUCUUAAAUCUCUGUUUGAAAGACAACCGUCUCAGAAGGUGGUUGUUUUCUUGUCAACAUGUGACUCCGUAGAUUUCCACCAUACAGUACUCAGCCAGCUUGAGUGGAGCCCUGGGCUGCAACUGGAUACGGAUAAGAAGCAAAAGUUUAUUAGCUGCAAAGUGUUCCGUUUACAUGGGAACAUGGAUCAGGAUGACCGCAAGAAAUCAUUUCUUGGAUUCAGUUCUGAGAAAUCUGCAAUUCUUGUAUCUACUGAUGUUGCUGCUAGGGGCCUGGACUUUCCAAAAGUUAAAUGUAUCAUACAGUAUGAUUCACCUGGGGAGGCUUCUGAAUAUGUUCACAGGGUUGGAAGAACUGCAAGGAUUGGUGAAAAGGGGGAGGCUCUCCUGUUUCUCCAACCUAUCGAAACCGACUAUUUGAGAGAUCUGGAGCUACAUGGUGCAUCACUUACAGAAUACCCCCUCCAAAAGGUUUUAGACAGUUUUCCUGUUAAUGGACAGAGGCUUCACAAAAGGAAACAAAUAUCUUUAGACAUGCAUCCAUGGAUAAUGUCUUUACAGAGAACACUGGAAAGUUUUGUCAUAUCCGAGGACACAAGAAAGAAGCUUGCAAGGGAUGCCUUCUGUUCUUGGGUACGUGCAUACACUGCCCACCGAGGUGAACUGAAGAAUAUUUUUAUGGUCAAGAAGCUCCAUCUGGGGCAUGUAGCUAGAAGCUUUGGGUUGAAGGAGCAACCCUCAUUGGUAGGAAGGUCACACCAAGUGCAACUCAAGAAGAGGAAGAAAGAACAGAAGCGCGAAAGGCCUGCGAAAAGGAGAAAAAUCCCGGCUAAGAGAUGAAUUGCCAUAUCAGAACUGUGCUUGUAACUUGAACCUGUGGUGGAUCAUGAUCCACUCCAAUUUUGUGAAACUAACCGCCACAGCCUGAAGGUGAAUGAAUGCUCAACAUUGACCUUCUGAAGCUUUCAAGCUUUGGCCAGAGCCCUAGAGAAGAGCUAAUGUACUGCCUCUAUUCUUGAAUAUGAAAAGAGACGUGAAAUACUGAAAUAUGUGAAGAG